CUAGGUUUUGCCAAAUUAGCCUCCCAAGCCCCCCAUCUCCCUUCUCAUUCUCUCUCCUCUCCCAGUUCCCUUUUUUUGGAAAUUUUUUUUUCUCUCUUGGAAUCUAAUGGAGACCUCUUCAAGAAAAUCGAGUGGACCGGUCCUCCCCAUCUCAAGCGCCUUCCGGCGGUCGAUCUCGCCGUCGGGGCGCUUCUCCUCCUCCUACGCCGUUUGCACCGGUGCCUCCUCCUCCGCCUUCGCCUCCUCGUCCUCCAGCUUCUCCUCCCGCUCCUCCACCUUCUUCCACCACAACCGGCCCUCCUCCCCCACUCGCGUCAACCUCGUCGGCGCCUCCCCGGCACCUGUCCCCUCCGUUCGCUUCUCCCUCGACCAGCACCGCCGCCCCACCUCCCCCGGCCGCUCCCUCGCCGUCGCCGACCACCACCUCUCCCCGCGCCCCAUCGCAUCUCCCGCCCCCCAGCGCCGGACGUGCAUGUGCUCUCCCACCAACCACCCGGGCUCCUUCCGGUGUAGCCUCCACAAGGGUCUUCACCUCCACCCCCACCACCAGAACCACGCCUCCUUCUCGCCGUCGAACCGGCUCAACGCGCGGCGGUCGGCGAUGACCAACUCGCUCGUCCGGAUCGGGACCGUGGAGGGGGAGUGGGUCAAGCGGGCCCUGACCGCUCUCAUCCGCCCCUCCUCCCACCAGCAGCGUCGGCGGGCGGCGUUCCAGCCGCGGCGGAGCCGCCUCUCCGUCAUGUCCAAGGCCGAUGAUCCAUGAUCUAAACCCCUUCUUUUAGAUCUGGAUCUCGAAGCAGCUGCGAGAAUACGUUCGUCCCCUUCCGUCGUAAUUUUCCGUCGCCGUGUCGGUUGCCGUCACCGCCGUAGGCAUGGACUCCGUCGUCGUCGAAGUCCGUAUGGUUAUUUGGUUAUUGCCUGUUUGGGAGCAGAAAUGGUUCGGUGGAAUCGGCGGUCUCGGUGGGGGGAUGUGCUUCGAAGGCAAGAAAUGGAGACCCAGUCAGAUAAGACUUUUUCUUGGCGGACAAGACACGUUUACCGGGGCAUAAAAAUACGAAAUUAAAAAUUAUAAUAUUUAAUUAAUUAAAUAAUAAAAAUUAUAAUAUUUAAUUAAUUCAAUAAUUAAAAAUUAUAAUAUUUACUUAAUUAAAUAAUUAUUAUUUGAACAAGCGGAAAAGAAGAAGAAGAUAUUUGAAAGAAGAAUAUUCUGGCGAAUCGGGACGGGCUGCGCUCCAGCUCGACCAAAACGCGGACAGCUGUACGCCAUCGGCCUCGAAACUGUUUUACCGAACCAUU